AACAGCUAAUCAUUCUUUACGUACCAUCUAGGAAGCCGCGAGCAACUAGACUGAUCUCUUCCGCUAGCUCGGGCAAGACUCGCGCUCCAAUAGCCCAGAGUGCGAUGACUACUGACACCUCGAUUAGUCUCCAAAAGCGGGGUCUGAAGAUAAAAGAGGGUUGUCACCUUGCGGUGGCGACUGUUUUUGUUGACUGUGGACAGUUGACUGUCUCGCCUGCUUGCCAAGCUCCCAGCCGAACCGAGUUGCCUGAAAGCUUCUGCCUUUUAUGUUGGUGGACUCUUUCCUUAUCAGCUGCAAAUAAAAUGACACGUUACUCCUGCUUUGAGAACGUUCUAUUGGUGACGACUACCUUAUCUGACACAUUAUAUUUAAUAGUAGGGCUGCAAUGGUUUCUUCCUCUUCACUUCAUCCCCUGGAAGUAG